AUGGCCACUACCACCACAAGUUCCACAGCCAUAUCUGGCACGAUAAUGUCCGAUCUAACCAAUGCCAAGGACCUCCAACCAAAUCCGGCUCUUGUUGCAACGGCAGACCAUCAAAUUAAGCUCGAAACGGCGCCAAUCAACGACCCAGGGCCAGACGAUGUCCUCCUACAUGUACGAGCGACGGGCAUAUGCGGCUCAGACAUUCACUUCUGGCGGCAUGGCAAGAUUGGCGAGAUAUCUUUCGACGGGGACUGCAUCCUUGGACAUGAGUCUGCGGCGGUGGUCUUGAAAACCGGAUCCAACGUUAAACACGUUAAAAAUGGUGACCGAGUUGCCAUCGAGCCAGGCGUCUCCUGCGGCCGCUGCUUUCUCUGCAUCGACGGACGAUAUAAUCUCUGCAAAGACGUAGCAUUCUCAGGCGCCUACCCUCACCAUGGCACCAUCCAGCGAUAUAAAGUUCAUCCCGCGAGCCAUGCCCACAAACUACCCCCCAAUAUCAGCUUCCAGACCGCAGCGCUAAUAGAACCGCUGUCCGUGGCGAUGCACGCCCUUCGCACGAGUCCCAUCGCAGUAGGCACGCCGGUCGCCGUCCUUGGAGCGGGACCAAUUGGUUUGCUCACCAUGGUCGUGGCCAGAGCUUCUGGCGCGUAUCCCAUCGUCAUUACGGAUGUCGACCAGGCGAGGUUGGACUUUGCGAGGGAGUUCGAACCUCAUUGCAGGACGUACCGUGUAGAGAAGGGCCUGUCGCCAGAGCAAUGUGCAGUGGGGAUUCGAAGGCUGUUCGAGAAGCAGGACUGGGAUGGGCGCCAGACGACGGAGUAUGAUAUGCCGCAGGUUGUGUUGGAGUGUACGGGCAUGGAGUCGUCGAUUUGUACGGCUGCGUAUACUGCCAGACGGGGCGGUGUUGUGAAUGUCGUGGGUGUGUCUUCAAAGGCAAGCAUUGAUGGUGUUCCGUUUAUGCAUAUGUCCAUGGCGGAGAUUAGGUUGCUUUUUAUUAAUCGGUAUCACGAUACGUGGCCGGCGGCGGUGAGGGCACUGGAGGGAGGGUUGAUAGAUUCGAGUAAGUUGGAUCUCAUGGUGACGCAUAGGUUCAAGUUGGAGGAUGCUGAGGAGGCUAUGAAACUUGUGGGAAGAGUGACGAAAGCUAGUGAUGGGAAAGCUGUUAUCAAGGUACAGAUUGUGGAUGAGUGA